AAAGAAUCAGUCACAUCCGGUCCGACUCUCAGUCAGGAAGUGAGAAGUGGAGCGGAGUGAGAAUUAUUUGCCAUGCAGUCCAAAACAUUACCAGUGCCUAGCUGAACGUUGCCUUGGUCCGGGACGCGCCCCAGCAUGGCUCUUAUCGAGGGCGUGGGGGACGAGGUGACCCUGCUGUUCGGGGUGGCGUUCCUGGCACUGGUCCUGGUGCUGGCGUGGGCCUCCACCCACACGGCCGACCGCUCCGAGCACCUCUUCGCCCCCGCCCCCGCCCCGGGCCCCGCCUCCUCGCACAGGACCGCCCCCUCCUCCCCGGAAAGCGCCAGCCCCGAGCCGCUCCCCCCGGAGAGCGCCCCGACGCCGGGGGGGCUGGGGGAGGAGGGCAAGGAUGAGCCCCGCGGGGAGGCGGGGGCGGAGGGGCAGGCGGCCGCCGGGGGGGCGGAGGUCGGGGACGGCUCCCCGUCGGACGAGGGCUUCGGGUCGGACGGGCUGCGGCACAGGGAGCCCGCCGGCCCCGCCCAGACCAGCCCCAGCCCCAGCCCCGCCCCCUCCCAGCCGUCGCCGGCCAGCACCGAAAGUGCCGCUCCAGACGACGCCCAGAGGAACAUGGUCCUCCGUCUGAAGUUCCUCAACGACACCGAGAGGGUGGCCCAGGUCAAGCCGGAGGACACCAUCGGCUACAUCAAAAGGACUUACUUCACGGGACAGGAGCACCAGGUGCGCCUGAUCUACCAGGGCCAGCUGCUCCGGGACGACGCCCAGACGCUGGCCUCCCUCAACCUGGCGGACAACUGCGUCCUGCACUGCCACGUCUCGCAGCACGCCACGCCGCAGGUGCCCGCGGGCGCGCGCGCGGCCGACCAGGUCCACGUGGCGCUCAACGUGGGCAGCCUCAUGGUGCCCUUCUUCGUGCUCAUGCUGUCGGUGCUGUGGUACUUCCAGAUCCAGUACCGCCAGUUCUUCACCGCCACGGCUACCGCCUCCCUGGUGGGCCUCACCAUCUUCUUCAGCUUCGUGGCGUUCGGCCUCUACCGCCGAUAAGGCCACCGGCCGUCCCGCGCACACACACACACGCACACACACACACAGAAUACACACACACAUAGAAUACACACACACAC